AUGGCAGACGAACCGAGCCCCGAGCGACUAAUCCACUACUACGAUGAGAUGACAGAGGCCAAGGCCGCGUACUUAUGGCAAAACUGGGAUUUAAUUUUAACAAAAGCCAUCGCAGUUCGCAAACACUAUGCGAUCUGUGAUCGUUUCGAUCCUAAGAAAACCGGACUCAUCCGCCGAGAGGACCUUUACCACGACUGCACAGGAUUUACCCCCAAUUACGCUGCUCUGAGAGAUGUCCGGAUUCUUACCACAGACAUGCGGCCCAUGCAACAACAGUCAAUCGUCCUGUACGUCAUCGAUGUCCUCCAGAAACGCAUGUCCAAACAGGAACAACUUAAUGCAAUUAAGCAGAGGGUGGAAUCUGUCUACGGCGAGGGCUGGAACUGCUAUAUGACUGACGGAAAAUUUUACUCACUGUGUUCUCACAAAGCUGGCUCGAGUUUGGUCUUCGUCUACAAGAACCUUGUGUUUGGUCUCUAUCAGACCCCUGGGUCCGUGAAAAAGGACUCCAAACAUCAUUAG